CAGAUGUCGUCCUCUUCCCUCGAAAACUGUUUAAGAGAGAGACAGAGUGAGUGAGAGAGAGAGAGACAGAGAGAGAGAGAGAGAGAGGGCUUUAGACAGAGAACAGGGAGAGAGCUUUGAGGGGGGAGAGAGAGAGAGAGAGAGAGAGAGAAGGAACGUAUAAUGGGAAACCAAAAGCAAAAAUGGACGGCGGAGGAGGAAGAAGGCCUACUGGCCGGAGUUGCAAAGCACGGCCCGGGCAAGUGGAAGAACAUUCUCAAAGAUCCCGAAUUUGCCCGUGUCCUAAUACACCGCUCCAAUAUCGACCUCAAGGAUAAGUGGAGGAACUUGAGUGUUAGUACUUCUGGACAUGGUUCUAAGGACAGACCAAGGGGUACAAAGGUAAAAAAUUGUGCGGCUGCCCAUCACCUUGUUCAGAACUCUGCUCCUACUGCUUCGGUUCGUCCCAAUGCAUCUCCUGCUUCAGCUCCUCCCAAUUCAUCUCCUGCGUCAGCUCGUCCCAAUGCAUCUCCUGCUUCAGUUUGUCCCAAUGCAUCUCCUGAUGCCAUGAUGGACGAUGCGGUUAAUAGCGCACCAGAAUUGAAAAGUGCUUCACAGUACGAUCCAAUGAUUUUCCAGGCCCUUUCAACGAUGAAAGAUAUGAAUGGAUCUGAUUUAGGUGCCAUUCUUAACUUUAUUGAGCAAAGGCAUGAGGUACCCGUACCACCAAAUUUCAGAAGGUUAUUGGGUCCAAGGUUGAGAAGGCUUGUUUCACAAGGAAAACUGGAAAAGGUGCAAAAUGGCUACAAGUUAAAAAAAGAUGCAACAUUUGGAACAAAAACACCUACACCCACGCGAAAUCAUAGGGAUAUUAGGCCCCGGAAAUUGCAGAAUUCUGGGUCAAUGACAUUUACUGAAACAGUGCAGGAUGCAGCUGAAACUGCUGCCUAUAAACUUGCAGACGCUGAAGAGAAAUCCUUUGUGGCUGCUGUAGCAAUGAAGGAAGCAGACAGGAUUUCAAAGAUGACAGAAGAUAAUGAGUCAGUUUUACAGCUAAUUGAAGAGAUUUAUGAACGAUGUUCACGUGGUGAAGUUGUCACCUUGGCGUAGGUCAUCAACUGUAAGUCUGAUUAGUGGAUUCCUUGUAACUUAUCCGUAUGUAAAUUCGUUGAUCCAAUCACACAGUUUAAGCUCCUUCCUUUUCAUGAAAAUGCAUUAGUAUGCUGUUAUACCAGAAGUCAAUUCCAUUUGGAUGGUGUUUUGAGUGUGCCUGGAUUCAACCUACAGCUAUCUGCUUGUAAGGUGUUUGCCUAGGUGUUUUUGUCUGUUUGACUUGUGUACUCUAGCUGCUCGAAGUCUAGGGUUGGUUCAAUGUUACAUGCCCAUUAGGAACUGGGAAGAUUAAAAGCGUGGACAUGGUUUAAUUAGGGCUUUUUAGCAUUCCCUUUCUAUCUAGUUGACGAUAUCAAAAGAAUAGGCAGAGGCUCAUUUCCAAUAUGUAUUCAAUUGGGAUUUUAAAAGACUAUUUAGGGAUAAAAAAAAGUCUAGUGGAUUUAUGCAGAAUAUAAUGACUUAUAGGAUUUGAUUUAUGGAUUUCUAUAAUCAAGAUUUUUUACUUAUGGAUUUUGAAAGAUUUAUAUCAUAGGAUUUAUAAGAUUUGAAAGGACCACAUGGAUUUAACUAUCCAUCAUCAUCCCUAUUUAGAGUUAGCCUCUUGUUCAUGGCAUGACUACACCUCUCCACUCUUGUGGUCCACCAUGACUUGGAUUAAGCAACCACAAGUGACAAGAUCCAUUAUGCAGGACUAUAAUCACAGCCAUGAUGGAGCACAUUGUGCUCUGUUAGGGUACUAGUGCCAUGUCACCCACCAUUUAUAGAUGUCCUGUUAACCUAUUUGUAGGAAAAUUAAUGAGAGAAGAUGUCCACAACACAGUAUGUGAGUUCCUGAGUAAUGCAUGUGAUUUGUUUGGCACUUCUAUAUAUACAUGCAGUGAGGCCAAUUUUACCUAGAAAGAGACAAAUAUGAACUGGGAUUUUCUAAA